AUGAAGUUUCGUGCGGUAAUGACGGAUAGUGUGAUCAUUAAAGAAUUUUUGAAUGUAAUAGGAACAUUCUCGCGGAUGCAGAAAAACCUCAUUAUCAACGUACAACCAACGAAAAUGAUGCUUCUGAUCGAUUCCGAAACAUACGACGGACAGUAUCUCUGGUGUGAAAUCGAUGCUACCAACAGAGAUGGAUUCUUUUCCGAAUACAUUAUGGAUGGCAUUAAUAGUGAACACAACCAGAUCUAUAUGACCUGCCAAGCGAACAGUUUCUUACGAGCGUUGUCCUAUGUGCGUAACAACACGGUGGACUACAUUAAGCUAAAGCUCGUCAAAACCCACAUGGCGUGUCUGUCCGUGGAGAUGGCUACUACGAUCAGUAACGAGCAGGACUAUAUGACACCAAAAAUACAGCACGCCAUUCCCGUUACGGUAGUUCCACGCAGCGAAUGGAAUCAAUUCGACAUACCGCUGGAGGUUGAGUACGAUCUAACGAUUGUAAUGCCAUCCGUGAAAUCUCUACGCACCUUGUUAGACAAGAUGAAAAAUUUAGCACCCACAGUCACACUAUACGCAACGUUAAACGAUGAGCUAUCGCUCGUGGUCGAGACUGAGGUGGUGACGGUAGCGAGCCACUAUAAGAACCUCAAAUGUGGCCCAGUGAGGCACAAUUGCCCAGAGCCAACUGAACAAUUGACGAACCUGUCGGAAGCCUGUUGCCGUGUUGAAACGAAAAAACUCGCAUCACUGUUCGAAACGAUAAAUUUCUACGAAGCCAUAAUGACGGCUAAUCUGCGACACGAACAAGCACUGAAUAUCCGUUUCGACUUGCUCCAAAACGCGUUCGUCAAUUAUAUACUACCGGCUACAAAUUUCGAUUAA